ACCGAGAGGUCGCGGCCUCUGCAGGGAAGAAUUACUACACUUAUGGCUGGUGUUUUGCGUUCAGUAUUUCAGAGGCCUCCAGGCAGACUGCUGACUGUGAAGAAAGGUGUGGAAUCUCUCAUUGGUACAGAUUGGAUUCGUCACAAAUUUACCAGAUCAAGGAUUCCAGAUAAAGUGUUUCAGCCUAAACCUGAAGAUCAUGAAAAAUAUGGUGGGGACCCCGAGCACCCUCAUAAACUACACAUUGUUACAAGAAUAAAAAGUACAAAAAGGCGCCCAUACUGGGAAAAGGAUACAAUCAAGAUGCUUGGACUGCAGAAGGCACACACCCCUCAAAUUCACAAGAACAUCCCUUCAGUGAAUGCAAAGUUGAAAGUAGUUAAACACUUGAUACGUAUCCAGCCCCUGAAGCUGCCACAAGGACUUCCCACAGAAGAGACCAUGUCUAGCACGUGCCUCAAGAGCACUGGGGAAUUGGUGGUACAGUGGCAUCUGAAGCCUGUGGAGCAGGAAGCAAAGUCUGGAUGCCACACAGCUGCAGAUUGCAAACCGCAGUUAGGAAACGUUUCUCAUUAAAGUGUUUAUCA